CUGGGCAUCAGCUCUGCUUUGCCCACCGUUCGUCAUUGGUGUUCGUUGGGUCAUCCUGGAGCUUGUCUCAAAGCCUCAAACCCGUCGCCGUUCAUGUCAUCGUUGUGGAAGCCUUAAAGCUCUCCCCAAAUCUGCGAAUCGCCAGCUUCACGGGCCUGGUGUACAAAGUCCUCAAAGCUCUUUGUGUCAGCACUCAUUCACUCCAUUGAGUAUUCCAAAAGUUGGUCUUGUUAUAUUCUCCAGCACUGCAAAACUUUAUGAAUAUGCAAACACAAGAUCCAAGCAAAAAUGGAAUCAUCGAAUGGGUCCAGUUAGUUUUGAAUUAGUACGCGCUGAAUUGCGUGCAAAGAAGGAGGACAAUGAAGAUCUAUCACAAUCUGAGAUGUUUAUUGUAACUCGUACGAACAAAAAUAGAGAGACUGAUCUGAGAACACAAGAGACGAUUGAUCAUCUUCAAAAUUUGAAACAAUCAGGAUACAAUGAUGAUGAAGCAGUUCAAACAGUUUUCGAAAAGGAGAGACAUGGUAGAGUUCAUUUCUAUGGUCGAUCAGUCACAAAAUCCUCUCUUAAAAAGGAUAAGGAAAAAAUUAAAGAGCUAUGGAGACAAGAAGAGAAGUUUUGGAUGCAAAGGUCGGGAAUUAAAUGGCUUAAGUGGGGGAGAUCGCAACACAACCUUCUUUCAUGCUUCAACUAUUUAUAGGAGGGAUAGGAACCGAGUAGACAGAUUGAGGAACAAUGAAGGUAACUGAAUUCGUAAUCAGAAAGAUAGUUUGGGACUAGUUGAGAAAUAUUAUUCGCAACUGUUCACAUCUGCUAGAGGGAGUAACAACAUACUCGAAUAUAUAAACUAUGUUCCUGUUAGAACAUCAUCAGACAUGAACAAUGACCUUCUAAAAGAAGUCACAGAGAAAGAAAUAAAGGAGGCUAUUUUUGGCAUGGAUGCAUCAAGAGCCCCAAGAUCCAAUGGUUUUAGUGGACAAUUUUAUCAGAGACAUUGGAACACCAUCCAAAAAACAAAUAUGCGGUGGUUAAAAGUUUCUUUGACUAAGGCUACAUCACCAAAGAAAUUAAUGAGACACAAGUGGUGUUUAUCCCUAAAAGACCAAUAAGUUGCUGUAAUUAUGUAUACAAGAUAAUAGCAAAAGUGAUGGUGGCCAGGUUGUGAGGUAUUAUGGAGAAAAUAGUUUCACCUACUUAAAGUGCUUUUGUAAGCGAAAGAGUGAUCCAUGAUAACGUAGUCAUUAUUCAAGAAGCUUUUCAUAGGAUCCCCAACAAAGGAAGAGAAGCCUCACUAGACUUAGCCAUUACACUGGAUAUGAAUAAAGUGUAUGAUAGGAUGGAAUGAAAUUUCAUUGAAAAAGUUCUCAAGGCUUUUGGUUUUCACCAGAAGUGGAUUAAGCUAACCAUGGAAUGCAUCAGAAGUGUGACAUACAAGUUCAAAAUCAAUGGAACUCUCACUAGGAAAAUCAUUUUCCAGAGAGGAUUAAGACAGGGAAACCCCCUUUCACCAUACCUUUUUAUCAUUGUUUCGGAAGUUUUUACCAUACUUAUGGAUAAAGCUCUUAAUAAAAACCUGAUUUUGGGAGUCAAAUUAGCCCCAACAACACCAGUUAUCUCUCAUUUAUUAUUUGUAAAUGACUGUAUUAUCUUUUUAGGUGCAAAAGAAAAGAAAAUAUACCAACUUCUUUAAGUUCUCAAUGAAUAUACCUCAGCAUCAGGCCAAGUCAUCAAUUUAAAAAAGUCAGGGAUAAUCUUUGGAAGCCAAGUUUCUCUUCAAACAAAUGUUGACAUAGAAGAUAUCCUCAACAUCCUGACAUGGGACAAUCUAGGAAAAUACUUAGGGUUACCGGCGCAAUGAGGGAGAUCAAAGAGCAAGUCUUUGGAUUGGAUUAUAGAAAAGGUGGAUCAUAAAAUAGAAGGGUGGAAAGAUAGCCUGGAAAGAUAGCCUGUUGAAUUAGGCUGGCAAGAAAGUGCUCAUAAAAGCAGUCAUCCAAGCGAUACCAACCUAUUCCAUGAGCUUCUUAAAAUUUCCAAAAUCCUUUUGCAACAAUCUAAGCGCAAAGGUGGCUAAAUUUUGGUGGAGAAGCCAAGGAAAGGAAUUGAAAGAGGAGUACGCUGGAAAGCGUGGUUAAAGCUUUGCACGAUCAAAAAAGAAAGAGGCCUCAGAUUCAAGGAGUUCCAUCACCAAAACACAGCCCAACUAGCCAAGCAAGCAUGGAGGAUCACCAAAAACCUGAAUGCCAUUUGGGUCAGAAUUCUAAAAGCUCUAUAUUUUUCAAAUUGUAAAUUUUGGGAGGCCGUAAAAUGCUGGAGAGGUUCUUGGAUUUGGAACAGCAUUCUGCAGGGAAGAGAUCUUUUGAGAAACAAAGCGAUGUGAAACAUAGGCUAAGAGAGGAAUGUAAAAGUGUGGAAGGAUAACUGGAUCCAUAGCGUGGAGCAACCACUAGACAAGAACAACAAUGAAAAUCUAAGAGUGAAGGCAUUAAUCUCUAUAUCCAGGGAGUAGGACCAAUCUAAGAUUCAGAAUCUCUUUUCCCUAAUCAUUGCAAACAAAAUAAUCCGAACCCCAAUUUGCAGAAUAGUAGAACGGACAACCUAAUUUGGCCUUACAACAAGAUGGAAACUACACAAUAAAAAUAAGGUACCACAUAGCAAAAAAAUAAGAGAAAGUAACAUAAAAAAAAUCUCCUCAACAAGCACUCUUAUGGAUGAUCUUUGGCUAGGAAUCUGGAAUUUGAGAACAUCACAAAAGAUUAAAAUAUUCUUAUGGAGGAUGGCUCACAACAUUUUACCAGUAAAAGCCAAUUUGAUCCAAGAAAGAUAACCAACUGUAACCUAUGUCCUAUUUGUAUGCAGGAGAAAGAGACAACAGAACAUGCUCUGUUAUUCUACGAGUAGACCAGAGCGGUUUGGCUUGGCUCACGAACUCAAUGCAUUCCAACAAAGAGAAGUGUUAAAUCGGCGGGAACAUGGUUACAAGACAUGUUAAGGAAGUGCAACCAAGGAAGCAAACCAAAAGCAAUUCAGACAUGGAGUAGGAUUGACAUCACAAUGUAGGCAAUUUAGAAAGCAAGAAACGAGAAAGUCUAUCAAACUAUAGAUCCCAAUCCAGAGACAACAAUCAAGCAUGCAAGACUAUUGGAAUUGGAUUAUCUAAAUGCAACAGAGAAGGAAAAAAUUACAUACAAGAAAAAAAGUAGGAGAAAUUCAACACUUAUUUUUUGGAGACCUCCACCACCAAAUUGGCUCAAGUUAAACACAUAUUCUGCCUUUUUCAAUGAAACCAAUUCGGAGCCAUAGCAGUAGCAAUCAGAGACAGCAAUGGAAACCUCAGGGGAGGGACUGCAGUAGAAAUACAAACAAGUUCCAACCUAUCAGCAGAAGCACUUGCAAUUAGGGAGGCUAUCAUUUUAGCAAAAAAUCUUAGAAUUGAAAAAGCAACAAUUAAAUCAUAUAAUCUACAAUUGAUUUAAGCUCUCAAAACAAGAGUUACCUUAUGGAAAAUAAACCCAAUAAUUUAAGACAUAAAAUUUGUCCAGAAUAGACUCCCAAAUUGUGGAUUCGCUUGGAUUCCAAUAGAUGAAAAUUGGCUGGCUCACACUCUAGCGGGCCUAAAAAUGAAAAAACAACUCCAACAUCAAUGGUCUAUCUCUCCGCCCAACCAAAUUGUAGAAAUUCUCAAAAAAGAGAGGAUGGACAUACCUCAUAAGUAGAAAAGGAAUGGAAGAUAAAGCGGGAUCAGCAGUAGUAUCUUAAUCUUAUGCGAAUUGUUACAUGCAAUGAUAUCUCGGCAUAAGUGAAUCCGUCAACCCUUAGCAGGUGUUCCUAGUCUUUAUAACUUUCUUUUAAUUAGUGGGAAGCUCCUCU